UCUCUUCGCGCAAAUAUCAACAGUGAGAUGGAGUUGGGGGCUCAAGCGGCAAGGGUUGAUUCCCCGAGCAGUCAGAUUCCGGUAGAGGACGAUGAACCUCUGCUACUCUCCGACGACGUCAAAACCGGGCUUGUGCUCAUCGACAUCGUCAAUGGCUUUUGCACCGUAGGAGCUGGAAAUCUGGCUCCACAAAAACAUGAUGAACAAAUUGCUGGAAUGGUGGAUGAAUCAGUGAAGGUUGCUAACCUCUUCUGUGAAAAGAAAUGGCCUAUAUUUGCUUUCCUUGACUCUCAUCAUCCUAACAUUCCUGAGCACCCAUAUCCUCCUCACUGCAUAAUAGGAACUCAUGAAGCUGAACUGGUUCCUUCUCUGAAGUGGUUGGAGAACGAACCAAAUGUUAUCAUCCGCCGCAAGGAUUGUAUUGAUGGAUUCAUAGGUUCUCUAGAUAGAGAUGGCUCCAAUGUAUUCGUGAAUUGGGUGAAAAGCAAUGAGAUCAAAGUUGUAUUGGUCCUAGGAAUAUGCACAGACAUAUGUGUUCUAGAUUUUGUUUGUUCUGCCUUGUCUGCAAGAAAUCAUAGGAUUCUCUCCCCACUAGAGGACGUGAUAGUAUAUUCACGUGGAUGUGCUACUUAUGAUCUUCCAGUGCAUGUUGCUAAAAACAUCAAAGGUGCCCUGGCUCACCCACAGGAGCUGAUGCAUCGCAUAGGGCUGUACAUGGCAAAAGGAAGGGGAGCAAAGAUUGUAUCAGAAGUCUCAUUUCAUAAGUCAGAUUAAACCUGAUUUUCAGUUAUACAGGAAUUCAGUUUCACUUAAUGGAAGAGUACCUGAUCUUCUGCUGUUGGACAAAACUACAGAUGUUACAACAGUUCUUUAUUUUGUCCCUGUCUAUUUAAAAACAUGAUAUGAUGUAUAGACACAUCCCUAUGUUUGCUUGGUAAAUGUAUGGAGAAAUUUUACCCUUGAAUAAUACUGUAUAUGAGAUUAUGAGAAUUAAAAUGUGCUUCUCUAA